AAAAUCACCCGUGUAAGCGCAAAGUAAUAGAAAACAAUUAGAGAUUACUUCAUUGCUGUCUCUGUCACUUAUAGUCAAAGUCUUCUUUUACUAUGAGAUAAAAAGUCACUUUCAUCACUGGGUUGAGUUCGGUAGAGCAACAAGAAAUUUCAUGUACUUAUUUUGUUUUUGCAAUCUGGUGGUUUUAAUGAGAAUGUAAACAAACAAACAAGACAACAACAAAAGACCAAGGCAUUUUGAGCUUUGACACCGUGUUUGCAGGAGUUGUGUUUGGGAGAACUGUCAACUGUUUCCACCAGAAGUUUGGGAGAAAUUGUGUUUGAACUGUCUUUUGUUGACAUUGUGAAAUAAAAAUUAUAAAAAUUGAUAAAAUUAUAAAAUGGUGCAUAAAAUUCAAAUUGUUAUGUUGAUUUUAUCAUUUUAUUUUAAAAUAAUUGAUAGUGAGUUGGUCACAUAUUAUUUAAAAAAAAGGUUAAGGGAAAAUAAAAUAAUUUUAAGCGUUGCUGCCAAUUUAAUGCGUUCGCAAAGUGUAUGGUCUUCGGAACAUUCCAGUACCUUUUGGGAAGUAGACUGCCAGAGUAAUGGGGACAAGUUUUUCAAAGAUAAUUUCCGAAUGGAAAGAUCCUGCUUUGAAAAAUUGUGCAGCAAACUUGAAAAAAUAGCCAAAAGGAAAACGACCUAUCGAAACCCGAUUUCACUAAAAAAGCGCGUGGCAAUUGCUCUGUAUGCACUAGGAUCUUCUAGUGAAUACAGAUCAAUUGGACAUUUGUUUGGAGUAGGCAAAGCAACUGUUUGCAAAAUACUCAUCGAGUUUUGCAAUGAAGUUUGGACAUCUUUGGCUCCAAUAUAUUUGAAAAAUUUUCCACUGACAAGGGCGCAAAUUGAGAAUGGAGUCGCAGAUUUUAAUGCAAUGGGCUAUCCACAAUGUAUUGGAGCAAUAGAUGGAUGUCAUAUUGAAAUUCAUCCAAGAAAGGAAGAAGCCAUUGAUUACUACAACUACAAAGGGUGGUAUUCCGUAGUACUAUUGGCUUUGGUAGACGCAAAAUAUAGAUUUGUUUAUAUACAUUGCGGCAGUCCUGGAAGAUGCAACGACUCCGGAAUUUUUGAAAAAUCAUCGCUAAAGCGCGAGUUGCAAAGUUGUGCACUUCUUGAUGAAUUGAGCUUGCUGUAUGGAUCCACAAAAAUACCAGUCCAUAUUAUAGGGGACUCUGCUUUUCGUCUCUCUCAGCAUUUAAUGAAGCCAUAUCCGCAUAGUGUGACCAAUACACCCGAACAAAAAAAAUUCAACUAUAGAUUGUCUAAGUGCCGGCGUGUUGUGGAAAAUGCUUUUGGCCAUUUAAAAGCCCGAUUUAGGAGAAUUGGAAAAGGCGUGGAUAACCACAUCAAAAAUGUGAACACAGUUAUUUCAUGUGCAUGUGUUUUACAUAAUUUUUUGAUUGCUGAGAAGGAUUUAAUUUUGGAAAAUUGGCUAGUGGAAAUGCAUCGCGAUUCCAGGCGCAAUAUUCAAUACGGCACCAAUGCAGUUGACCGAUCUGAAGGAGAAUCGAUAAGAAAUGCGUUAAAGGAAUAUUUCAGCGCGGAAGCUUCGUUCAGUGCUGGAGACGAUGGUGGCGAAAAUGAAAACGAAGCAGACGGAGCAGCUGAAAAUGAGGAGCAUGAAGGUGAUAUCGGCGAAUUUGAUGGAGCUGGCGAAGCAACCGAAUCAGGCAUGCCUACAUAUAUAAAUAGAAAUUAACAUUAUACAAUUAGAUGUAAAUACAAAUAAAAUUACAUAUAUAAAUAAAAGAAAUACCUGUUAUACU